CGGCGCCAAAACGGUUUUCCAGAUAUGUAAUAAUACCUACAUAAUUUUAAAGCAAAACCAAACAAACUCUAACAGGAUAUGUGGAGGACAAUAAUGCAAAGAGAUCGUCUUUUCUUUCUAUCCGAAAAUGAAGCGUAGUAUUUCCUGACCUUUAAAGGAGGUUCCCUUAAAAACUGCCUGCUUUCUAUUAAUGUUUAUGGAAAUCCAUCAAAAGUGCUAGAAAAGCGCCCCCGACUCUUUGGACAAUAAGAAAACUUACAAAUGUUGCUUCACCUGUCCAUAUCUGUACGUCACCUCACAAUGAAUUUAGUUUUAUAAGGCAUCAAUAAUUGACCGAAAUGCUCGUGAGCCAAGUUAGCAGAAUUCCAUUGAUCGCAAAUUGACGACUUUUAAAGUAGGCCUAUAUUAUAUGUUUUAAAAUGUUGUUUAGCUUUUACACCACCUUAUCUAUGACUUAGGAUAUGCUUCAACCCCACUUUAACAAUUGUGAAAUAUUACGGUCUGCCGUUGACACGAGUCCCCUUCCUACUUCAAAUUACAUCGUGUUACGUAACCAUGUUUUCCCAGCUGUACAAUUAUUUGAUUAAUGUAUGCCAACUAUUAACAUUCGAAACAUUCCAUCUGUUACAGCUUUAGGCAAUAAUUUAGGACAGUAAUUUUCUUCAUUGCGCAUCAUUUCUUAUUAGUUAAUGGUGUAAUUUAAUUUUUUUGGGCUUUGAUAAAUACGAAAAAGCAUUACUAGUUGACAAUCGAGGAAGAGAUUAUAAGCCAGUCUCACACUGCCACGACCUAACAAUGGUCUGGCAUACCGUUACAUUGUUGUGGUCUAUUGAAAUUUAAUAUAUACUGUAAUAACAAUUAAGAAAAACUUUCUAAUUAAUGAUAUUGUUCUAACCGUUUCCUAAAAUAGCACGAAUAUUAUAUUAAAUUAUCAAAAUACCAGCUAAACCACAGUACUACCGCCUAAGCUAAAACUGUAUUCCUAUCCCAUACCUUGUCUUAACUAAGUACAGGUUAGUAUAACAUUUCAUUAUCGGGUUCUCCAUUCUAGUUUUUGUUUAUAUGUUGACUCUGAAAUACCGGGAUGGUGUCCGAUGGGGAAUAGUUUUACCUGGAGUUUUUUUUUAUAAUGUAGAGUUUACUGUUUAGUAUGCUUUUUUAUAUUAUUUUAAUCCUGUGACCGCAAUGUAAAUAACUUUGUGGCUAUUGUUACACCAGUCGUAAACCAAUUCCUGUACCUGUAGGCUAUUAUUUUUAUGUUUACAAACCAGUAAUAAGUUAAAGAUGUGUCGUUUUUUUAUAGGAAAUAUUUCUUGUUUAUUUUCUAAUUCAGAAAAUUCCAUUCGUUGCCAUUUUACGCCUCUUUAAGUAUGGGUUUGACUUUCUAGCCUUUUCACACGUAGUAUCAGUUAUUGAUUAGUUUUCCACCAAUCAACAGCAAGUCUCAUUACCCAAAACACAUAAGUAUUUCACUGUUUUGGAAUUUCUGCGGAUGUUAUUUUCCUGAAGACAUUGAAGUAACUCAAUCGAAACGUCGAGAUAUUCUCAACCAACAACAAGUUUUUUUUUUCAGAAUUAAUGUGGUGUAUCGCAAGUAUCAAUAUAUAUUUGUGUCACCAGGCUUCUCCAACACAACCCACUAAGCCACAAGCGACGAAGAUACAUACAAAAUAAAAUUAUCAGAAAUAGGGGGUCAGCAAUUUCACAAAAAAUAUAUGUUGUGUUAACUAUUGGCUGAUGAUUAUAUGACAUAGUGUAUACAAAAUGUAUAACAAAAAUAAUUAAAAUAGUAAAAUACAAUUAAUACGAUAGUAUAUAGGUAUGUAUUCGCUUAAAAGUCUGGGUGAAAUACUUAAUACAGUAGCAUACAGAUUAUAAUUUUAUAUUAGUGGUUAAAGGGGUGGAAGGUGGGAAUUGAAGAAACAGUGUUCCCUGCUGUAACGAUAUAUUACCAUAUUCUCAAUUGUUAUGCUUUUUUACACCACCUUACCUUGGAACUAACAAUUGUCAAAGACUUCGGGCUACCAUUAACAAGACAAAAGUCCCCUGCCUGUUUCCAGUUACAUACCGUGUUAUGCACCCUCUGUACAGUUAUCUAUGGAAUGAUUUAUACCAACUAAUAACAUUCGAAACUUUCCAUCUGUUACAGUUUAGGCCAUAAUUUGGGACAGUAAUUUUGUUCAUUUUUUAGUUAAUAAUGUAAGGUUUUUUUAUGUCAAUACGAAAAAGCAUUAAAUUCUACGAGUUGACAAUCGGGAGAUAGAUUAUCUUAACGAUGGUCUGACAUGCCCUUACAUUGUUGUGCCCUAUGGCCUAUAUACUAUAAUAAAAAUAAAAACAAAUAGGAGUGAUGUUUUCACAUCGAAAUAAAAACAAAGUUUCUAAUCAAUGAUAUUGUUCUAACAGUUACAUAGGCCUAUUAUUAUUAUCAAAAUACCAAGUAAUUCACCGAACCAUUACCGCCUGUUCGCAUGCGUGCGGACGUAUAUAAUACAGCGCUCUCCAGGCCCACAAUUAUUCUACAGACACAUGAAACACGCUAGAGGAUCAUACUUGAAAUUUUCUGCCUUAGAUUUUAGGGCACUCUCUAAGCUCGGGUUCUUUUACCUACAAUUGUUUUCACUUGAGUGCCAAACUAUUUUUAUGUUUUUCAUUGUGAAUUUUACCUUAACCUUAACACGUUUUCUGGUACAUGAUCAUAUUUACAAGGUAAUCACUAUAUGCAACAUUAAUGAUUAAAAGUUGGUUAUAAUUUGCACCACCGAACAAUAAUUUCAAUCAGGAAAAUGGCUACAUCUGCUGAAGUUAUAUUCCUUUUCAUCACCUGCAUUUCGACUGGAAGCAGCUUUCAUAAGCCAAACUUCGUUCUAUUUCUGGCUGAUGACAUGGGAUUCGCCGAUCUUCAAAUCUAUGGGAAUCCAUUAUCAAAGACACCAAACAUAGAUAAGCUGGCAAGAGAUGGUUUGAAAUUUACCCAAUUCUACAGUGCUUCUUCCGUUUGCAGUCCUUCAAGAGCGGGUCUUUUGACUGGACGAUAUCCAGUUCGGUCAGGAGUCUGGAAUGAUAACGACAACGCCGUCUUCCACCAAGAUAACACUGAGGGUCUACCACACGAGGAAAUAACAAUUGCUGAGAUGCUAGCCAGACAAGGAUACACAUCAGGACAUAUAGGAAAGUGGCAUCUCGGUGUUGGUUAUCAAAGAGAGUUCCUUCCUCUACAGCAUGGGUUCGAUCGAUACUUCGGAAUACCACACACUCACUCUGAUUGUCCCUGCCAAACAUGCUUCUACCCGACUGACCCAUGCGACUCAGAAAUAUGCACAAAUUUCCACGCACCUUGUCAGCUAAUGAAUGGAAAUACAAUAGUCGAACAACCAGUUGAUUUAGUACAUUUAUCUGAGCGUCAAGCAAGAGCGGCAAGAAGCUGGAUUCAAGAGUACUCCUGUUCUGGAACGCCAUUUUUCCUCUAUUAUGCAUUUGCCCAUACGCAUGCACCUAAUUUUGCAGGUGAACGCUUCAGAAAUACAACAAUUGGUGGUGACUACACAGACUCGCUAGCAGAAUUGGAUUGGGAGGUUGGAGAAGUUAUAGAUGAGUUAGAAAAAUGCGGUCUGCGUGAAAAUACAUUGAUAAUACUUACAUCUGAUAACGGCCCUGCAUUAUCACUGCAAGAACUUGCAGGAUUCACAGGGCCGAUGAGAUGCGGAAAAGGAUCAACGUUUGAAGGCGGACAUCGUGUUCCAACUAUAAUCAAUUGGCCAGGCCACGUCCGUAGCGGUAUCUCAACGGAGUUCCUGAGUCAACUGGACAUAUGGCCCACAAUCAGAAGUUUAAGCGGAUUGCUACCAGAUGAUAUUGACGUCGUUCUUGAUGGAUUUGAUUUCUCAAAUAUUCUAUUUUCAAACGAAAAGAGUUUAAGGACAUCUAUGUUGUAUUAUCCUAAAAACCCACAACCGAACAGAGGGCCAAUAGGUCUUCGUGACGAACGAUACAAAAUCCAUGAUAUCGAAUGCAAGAAAGUCUGUUCAAACAAUAAUGGCGAAACGGUAUGUGAUGACUCUUCGGCGAACUCGUUCCUCCUUUACGAUCUCCUACUAGACCCCGAGGAACGCAAUGAACUGAGUAGUUUACCUGCAUUUCAAGCAACAAUUAACGAGAUGGCUUUACAAAUGGAACGAGUAUCAAGUGACAUUGAAUUUGCUGACAGCGUUCUCAUGAACCUUGAUAAGAGUAGCCAGAUGUGUUGCAACGAAGGAUGCGAACCAUAUCCUUCGUGCUGUAGUUGUGACUCAAAAUAUAGCGACGAUCUGUUUCCAUUGGAUCAAUUGUGCAAAAAGAACGCACUAUUUUGAAGGAGAAAUUUUAAAUAUAGAAACACGAAA